ACACCCUCAAUUUGACAGAAACCUAUCUAGAUUCGAAUAAGCAACCUGAAACCAGACUAUAUGAGCGGUAAAACACAACUUGCAAAUGGAGUUGCUUGAAUAGGACUCCCUAUAGAAUACUUGGUAUUUAUAAAUGCUUUCACGAAAUGUGACAUUAGUUCAAUAGGUGGAUGCACGGUUGCCGGUGGGUAAGCGGGGCAUCGGAAUGGUCAAGAAUAAGGCGAAAAGUACAGCAGAAAGAACUGUAGAGAAAGCGACACGCACGCAAUUGCACAAAAUGGCCUCUGUAGUCUAGCCUUCCAUCUUAGCUUGCCACCUCCAAGAACUCUCAAAGACUCCAUCUUUCAAUCACAUUCUCAGAUUCACCCUCUGCUUACGCAAAAGUAACACUAUUGUAGUAUUAAUCAGCCAAGUCUUCCCAAGAUUUUAGCAGACCAAAAACAGUCUUUCUCCCUGAAAUCCUGAAAACGUACCCAUCACGCUCUCCCUCCAUCUCUCUAACACUCUGCAAAACCCAUUCGCCAUUUUCAGCCAAAUCAAGAGAGUGAAGAAACCCCACACCACAUGCAUUCAUGAGCUGGGUAUGGGGUGUUUGAUUUCUCAGCUGGCGGCGAAGUUGGCCUUCUUUCCGCCUUCACCGGCCACAUAUCGUGUGAAGAAGCGCGACGGAGACGGCCGCUGGGAAGCUGUCCCGAACUCCGCCGCCGCCGCCGCUUUGACGGCGUCCGUUGCGGAGGAUGCUUGUCUGGAUGUGCAAGUGCUAGAGACCAAGAGGGGAAACAAGAUCGUAGCUUUUUACCUAAAGAGCCCGUAUGCUAGGCUCACGCUGCUGUAUUCUCACGGAAAUGCAGCUGAUCUUGGUCAACUUUAUGACUUGUUUCUUCAGCUCAAAGCUAAUCUCCGAGUCAACAUCAUGGGGUCUGUGUUUAAAGCCCUCCUUCUGAUUGAUAUGAUUAUUCUGGGUAUGGAGCCUCUACUGGGAAGCCAAGUGAAUAUGAUACAUAUGCUGAUAUAGAGGCAGUAUAUGAGUGCCUUCAAGAUGAGUAUGGAGUUAGUCAGGAAGAUGUGAUCCUAUAUGGACAGUCUGUUGGCAGUGGGCCUACAUUACACUUAGCGGCUAAGUUGCCGAGGCUGAGAGGGGUGGUUUUACACAGUGGCAUUCUUUCCGGCCUCCGAGUGGUUUGUCAUGUGAAGUUCACCUUUUGUUUUGACAUUUACAAGAAUGUGAACAAGAUGCGCAAGGUAAAAUCUCCCGUGCUGGUAAUACAUGGAACAGCAGAUGAAGUUGUGAACUGGUUACACGGGGACAGACUAUGGAAAAUGGCGAGGGAACCAUACGAGCCAUUGUGGAUUAAAGGAGGCGGCCAUUGCAACUUAGAGCUCUACCCAGAUUACAUCCGCCACCUUCGCCACUUCAUUCAAGAAAUGGAGAAUUUGACCACUGAAGUCCGACUUAAAAAGAUCCGUCAAAAUCUCUCUGAUCUAAACAGGUCUUCUAAGACCACUACUGCUUUGAGGUCAAACACUUUCUGUUGUCUAGUAAAAUUGGGCAGCAGAAAAUGCCCAAAGUUUGCUUGCAGCUUCAAACCAGUCACCACAAGAUGUUGGUGUUGGUGAACUGGUGAUAGAUAAGGUAGAUAUGGCGGGGAGGGGGUAUAUUCUUUCAAUCUCCAUAGUAAUAGUAGUUCAUGUAAUAAACUAAUUUGUUUAUUGGUUUUCUUUUUUAAUCCUCUAAGUUUAUUCUCUUUUGGGUGAAGUUGCUCAGA